AUGGCCCCUCUCACCGAAAUAUUCUGGUUCCUCAUUGACCCAUGGCUCUUUAUGUUCCAGGCCCUCUUGGUCCUCCCUUCCACGAUCCUCCGCCUACUCCUCCAGGGCCAAUUCACAACGCUGCUCUCCCCCUCCAAGCUCCAGUCCGCCUGGUUCGGCACCUUCUGGGCGACAGCCGGCCCCGGCGUAAGGGAGACGGGCGAGGCCCGCGUGAUCCCCUUGCUUGAGGGCCACGUCGCCCGCGGCAACGUCGUCAAGGAGCGCCAGCACGAGAGUAUCAGCGGCAUAGUAAUCGAGGUCGGACCCGGCACAGGGAUGUGGGUGUCCGUGUUCUCCAAGAUCCACACCUCGGGCAAGGGGAUCACUAGGAUUUUCGGGGUCGAGCCUAACACCGGCGUCCACGCCGCUCUGCGCAAGAACGCCGCGGCGGCGGGCCUGCAGGACACGUACCAGGUCGUGCCCCACGGAAUUGAGGACCUGGCCAAGUCCGGGAGCGUGGCCAAGGAGAGCGUUGACUGCAUCGUGUCGGUCAUGUGCCUCUGCAGUAUCCCUGAUCCCGAGUUCAACAUCAAGGAGCUGUUUGGCUACCUGAAGCCUGGUGGUAGAUGGUAUGUGUACGAACACGUCCGGUCACUUGUGGACAUCUUCUGGCCAACUGUGAUAGGUGGAUGCCAACUGUGCCGGAACACGCCCAAGAUGCUCAGAGAAGCCGGCCCGUGGACGAAGAUUGACCUCGAGCAGCCAAGCGGCGAGCCAUGGUACCAUCCGCUGCCUCAUAUCAUGGGCGUCUUGACGAAGUGA